UGAGAGCCAAGUCAAGCCAAGCCAAGCCAUCGGUCAAGCGCUUCCGAAGCAGAGAGAGAGAGAUGGCUGCCAGAAUAAGUUGGGAAGAUGCGAGAGAAUCUCUAAAGCAAUGGAGGGAAGAAAAUGAUAGAAGGUCAGAAGAAACGGUUGAUCUGUGGCUGAAUACAAUUAGCAAGAAUGUUGACAGGCUGGGUGACGAAAAGUGGGUUGUGUAUGAACAAGUAUGCACAGCUGCCCUUGACUGUCACCGCAUGCUUUUGGCAAAGGAAUGCCUAAUAAAGCUGAAUGAGGAAUUUCCUGGAAGUGCUCGGGUACGAAAGCUGGAGGCAAUGCAGCUGGAAGCUCUCGAGAAGUACGAAGAAGCCAGCCUGCGUUACGACGCCCUGCUAGCCGAAGAUGAAGCAAGCGCCGCAUUGCACAAGCGCAAGGUUGCCGUUCUUCUCGCUCAAAACCUGAUUCCAGAAGCCAUUAAGGACUUGAGCGACUACCUUAAAAAGUUCAUGGGCGACCAAGAAGCAUGGCUUCAGCUCAGCCAUCUUUACAUACAGGAGUACGAUCUCCCAAAAGCUGCCUUCUGCUUGGAGGAGCUGAUCCUCUGCAACCCUCACAACCACCUCUACUAUCAGCGUUACGCUGAGAUCCAGUACACAAUUGGGAGCUUCGACGCCAUGGAACUUGCUAGGUCGUACUUUGCGCAGGCCGUCAAACUCAACCCCAACAACAUUCGGGCCCUCUACGGCCUUUUCAUGGCAUCCAAUCACAUUGCUUCAUCCUCAAAGUGUUCGGUGCAGAAGAAAAAGGACAACCAACGGUACGCAACGUGGGCAUCGCAACAGAUAGCGAAGAAGUACCAGGAACAUCAGUGUGAAGAUCAAGUGAAGUUACUUGAAGGAAUGAUAGGCUCUCUACAGGUCAACUGAAUGGCAUUGACAUUGUGGCUCGUACAGAUGGAUUGUGGGCAGCUUUUCCAUCACAUUGCUGAAGCAAGUGUUCAGUAAAUCUGAGAACAUAUUACAGUCUCAUGGUAAUUGUAAGCAACUUUGCGACGGUUAAUAUGGUGAGGACCCAGAGUAAGUGCCUCCAUCUUAGAUUGUUGGUGAUCCGACCACAUCCCUGCAUCAAAUUUGUAUCUCUGACAGCCUCAAGUUCAUUUUGGAGUUUCAUCUUGAUUGCCUGUGUGUUUGUCUGUUGUGGAUAUUAUGGUACAUAUUGCGCGGAUUAUUUUCUUGCGCAAAAGAAGUUCAGAGUGUAUUCCAUGUAACAAAUUUUAACAAAUAUGAGAUGCUAUAACAACCUUAUACAAAUAUGGCGUGUCAUCUGCUGUCGUCAUCGUGAUUGUUCUUGAUCGUUUUCAUUUGUGCAAAGUAUUUUUCGCGAAAGCUGUCAGCUGUCUCCGACAUUGUGGCAAGGGAGGUUUCCUGCGCACAAUUGUGAAGUAGUAUUAGAGAUGAUAUACACAGUGAGAGACAAUGGAACUCACAGCUGGCUCUCGUGUCUUCUCCAGCGUGAUAAGCAAACGUGAUGAAUGUUUUGUCAGAGGCUGUUCACUGCACGCAAUUCGUUCCAGACAAGGAUGGCUCGGGAGGAGGGCCUCGGAAAAGCUGCGCGGAAUAAAAUGAAGGUACAAAGUA